AUGCGCUUCUCUACAUCCCUGGUUACUCUCCUUCUCACUGUGACCGCUCACGCCAGCGUUGCUCAGCCGAACGAACUGGCCGCCGUUGCGGAGCGGUCGGACGACAACGACCUCAUCGUGCCACUGGUUGAGCAGCGAGACGAACCCACCCUUGACAAGAGGGCUUGUACAUAUAACGGAUGCAAGUGUAACAGCCGCGGAAGGCAGCUUACUGUCUGUGGCAACUGUGUCUGGAGCGAUACCCGCAACUACGUUGUGACGAGCAAGAGAGACCCCAAAAAGAUCUACGAGUGUUCGAAGACUGGACGCUGCUGCGUCUAUGGCGGAGCUAGUGAUUGCGGCACCGGCUCUGCUAGGUGCAUCGUCAAUUAA